GACACCAUCAGCUACACCUCAACGCACUACGUACCAAUUUGCGCCAGCAAAAACAAGCAAAAAUGACGUCAAUUAGGAGAACAGCCGUGGCGGCGCUGCUCCUUGCCACCACGACCGCAUUCGUGAGCAAACCCGUUUCCAAACCCCAGUUGCGCCCCGCACGCCAGCCGACGCGCGUCGCACCAAGCGCAGCCCUGCCGCAAGUGGUCGCCACCGCGGUCGCCGCGAUUCCGAAGGCGGUAUGCGCGCUGAAGCUGCCGACCAUCAGACAACUGGCCGCGGCGCCCGCCCUCUACGCGCUGAUGUCGAUCAACGAGUAUUUUACCCAUAAAUACUACCAGCACGCGGAGUUCAACACGAGCCCGUGGUUCCAAUGGUUGGCCCGGACGUUUGUCUACGGCCCCCUCGGCAAGAAAGUCCCGAAGACGCGGGGCGGCGGCCACGUCGAGCACCACGCCGAGACCUUAGAUGACAUGACGCUCAAGACCGACGCGAAGUGGCGAUCCACGAAGGUCGCGAAGUCGCUCGACGAUGAUUUGUACCGAGGCACGGCCUUCACGUGGACGGUGACGGGCAUCAUGACCUUCCAGAUGCUCUGGACGACGAUCCCGACUUUUUGGUUGAUGGGUUAUAAACUAAAGCACACGUUCAUGUGCCUCGCGCCCGGGAUGCUGUUGCACGCGGCGGUCUGGAACGCCUUACAUCCGAACAUGCAUUCGUUGCCGGACAUCCCCAUCUCCGACGGCGUGCCGUCGUCGUGGCUCGCCUGGGCGCGGUCGUCGCGGUUCUUCAAAUUCCUGUACGUGAAUCAUGAAGGGCACCACGUCAUCGGCGGCAAGGGCAACUACAACGUGUGCUGCCCGCUCACCGAUCAUUUAGUGGGCACGUUCAUCCCCGAGGCGCAGUGGCGGCCGCGCGCGCGCUCUACUUAUGCUUCUUGGCACGGCGAGGAAUUGAGUGUUGAACAGCAGAUCAAAAAUCACGUCGCGCGCGAAUCUUUUGGUUUGGGCGAGGUGAAGAUUGCGCCAGGGGCCAAGAAGGGCGACGGAGGCGGCGCAGAGGGCUGGGUCGAGAAAGCCGAGGUCGUCCUCGCGUAGCUGCCGAUCGUUCGUUACUGUUUGUCUAAAUAUCUUUCGAC